GUGUCAGUAAUUGAACCUUCGAGCUCUUGCAUAUAACUUAUUCAAUGUCACUAGCCAAAUUACUACUGAGAUUUAAACAUAAGUAAUCUAUUUUUUUAUAUGACAGGACUUUUUGAUAGAGGAAGAAAAUGAUUGGUAUGCGAAAAGAUAUUUUAUUGACAACAAAUGCUCCAUAUCACCAAUGCUAAGUUCCUGCAUUAAGAAACACUCUUCUCUCUUCCCCUCAUAAUAACUUCCAUUUCUUCACAACUUUCACAAAAUGUCUGUCUUCUUUCUUCCCUCUAGAUCUCAUGUUCUUUUUCUUGCACUCAUGUUGUUUCUCACUAACAUCUCAGCUCAAUCACAACACCUCAGUGGAACAAACUUUUCAUGCCCUGUGGAUUCACCUCCUUCAUGUGAAACUUAUGUGACAUACAUUGCUCAGUCUCCAAAUUUUUUAAGCCUAACAAACAUAUCUGAUUUAUUUGAUAUCAGUCCUUUAUCCAUCGCAAGAGCGAGUAACAUAGACGACGAGGAUAAAGAGCUGAUACCAGGUCAAGUCUUAUUAGUACCUGUAACUUGUGGCUGCACUAAACAUCGCUCUUUCGCCAAUAACACCUACACGAUCAAGCUCGGCGACAGCUACAUUCUAGUUUCAACCACUUCAUAUCAGAAUCUCACCAAUUAUCUUGAAAUGGAAGAUUCCAACCCUGGUCUAAAUCCUAAUCUUAUUCCACCAUUCAUCAAAGUUGUAGUCCCAAUAUUCUGCAGGUGCCCUUCAAAGACUCAGCUGAACAAAGGAAUAAAGUAUCUGAUAACUUACGUGUGGCACGCUAACGACAAUGUUUCAACUGUAAGUUCCAAAUUUGGUGCAUCACAAGUUGAUAUAUUGACUGAAAACAAUUACAAUCAAAACUUUGCUUCUGCAGCCAACCUUCCAGUUUUGAUUCCUGUGACAAGGUUACCUAUUCUAGCUCAACCGUCUUCGAAUGGAAGAAAGAGAAGCAUUCAACUUCCUGUUAUAAUUGGUAUUAGUAUAGGAAGUGCUUUUUUCGUUACAGUUUUAACAGUAUCACUUGUGUAUUUAUACUGUCUGAAAAUGAAGAGAUUGAAUAGGACUGCUUCUUUAUCUGAGACUGCAGAUAAGUUACUUUCAGGAGUUUCGGGUUACGUAAGCAAGCCAACAAUGUAUGAAAUGGAUGUGAUCAUGGAAGCUACAAUGAACCUGAGUGACCAAUGUAAGAUUGGUGAAUCAGUUUAUAAGGCUAAUAUAGAUGGUAAAGUUUUAGCAGUGAAAAAAACUAAGAAAGAUGCUUCUGAGGAGCUGAAAAUUCUGCAGAAGGUAAAUCAUGGAAAUCUGGUGAAACUAAUGGGUGUGUCUUCGGACAACGAGGGUAACUGUUUUCUGGUUUAUGAGUAUGCUGAAAAUGGUUCUCUUGAUGAAUGGUUGUUCUUGGAAUCUUCGAAAACUUCGGAUUCGACAGUCUCCCUUACAUGGUCUCAGAGAAUAGGCAUAGCAGUGGAUGUUGCAGUUGGUCUGCAAUACAUGCAUGAACAUACUUAUCCAAGGAUAAUCCACAGAGACAUCACAACAAGUAAUAUCCUUCUCGACGCGAACUUUAAGGCCAAGAUAGCGAAUUUUUCGAUGGCUAGAACUUCAACCAACCCGAUGAUGCCGAAAAUAGAUGUUUUCGCUUUUGGGGUGGUUCUGAUAGAGUUGCUAACCGGAAAAAAAGGCGUAACAACGAAAGAAAAUGGUGAGGUUGUUAUUAUGUGGAAGGAUUUUUGGAUGAUUUUUGAUCUAGAAGGGAAUAAAGAAGAGAGGCUAAGAAAAUGGAUGGAUCCUAAGUUAGAAAACUUUUAUCCUAUAGAUAAUGCUCUUAGUUUGGCUUCUUUGGCAGUGAAUUGCACUGCUGAUAAAUCAUUGUCAAGACCAACUAUUGAAGAAAUUGUUCUUUGUCUUAACCUUCUCAAUCAACCAUCAUCUGAACCAACAUUAGAAAGAUCUUUGACAUUUGGGUUAGAUGUUGAAGAUACUCAAAUUGUUACUUCUAUAGCAGCUCGUUGAUCAAGUGAAGAUAAUAUUAAUUCUGUUUUCUUUCAUAUUGAAGAUGGUACUUUGUUUACAUGAUAACUAUAUUUUUAUGCGUGGAAGUAUAUGGUUAGUUUAAUUAAGGGGAGUGUUCUAAAUUUCAUUUGUUUUGUUUUUCUUCUAUCUGUUAUUCUUUAAAACAUGAGUUUUGGCUAAGUGAAUUGCAAGCUGCUAUUGAACUCAGAAUAAAUUUGCAUAUUUCACUGUCUUUGUUAAUCAGAGAAUUGAUAGUUUGUAUCAUAUGAUGAAUCCUGUUACAUGUGCAAA